AUGGGUCACCGUGGUCUCCUUAUUUUAGCUGCCUUGUGCUCCGUUGCGAGGGCCCAGUUUGUGCCGCCGUAUACAGAAGACUGUCGGACAGGCAUGUACCCACCAAAUGGCCCAACGGUCCGAGGAGCCGUUGGCUGGUACACAGUGGACCUCGACUUAGCACCCAGCAAGAGAUGGGCGGCUGUGAUCACAGACAAAAAAGAUUAUCUGGUAGACAUGAUUCAAGCCAUCAGAGACUUGGCUGAUGCUUUUGUGCCCAGUGGAAGGCUGAUAGAGCUGGUUGACAUCACACUGCCUUUAAUGGUGGACACGCUACCAAACCCUUUUGCUGAUGAAAUAAGAGGAAUUGCAGCUGUUUCAGGAGUUCCUCUUGGUGAAGUUGUCCUGUUCAACAUCUUCUAUGAGGUGUUCACUGUGUGCACCUCAAUCGUUGCUGAAGAUGAUAAAGGUAACCUCCUGCACGGGAGAAAUUUAGAUUUUGGAUUAUUUAUGGGCUGGGAUGUCAAAAACAAGUCUUGGACCAUCAGUGAGAAGCUGAAGCCUUUAGUUGUCAACCUGGACUUCAAAAGAAACAACCAGACUGUAUUUAAGUCCACAAACUUUGCUGGAUAUGUUGGCAUGCUCACUGGCAUUAAGCCUCACAUCUUCACUUUGACUAUGAAUGAGCGCUUCAGCCUGGAUGGAGGAUACAUUGGGAUCCUGGAGUGGAUCUUGGGUAAAAGAGAUGGCGUGUGGAUGAGCUUUCUCACUCGAUCUGUCCUCGAGAAUGCAAACAGCUAUGAAGAAGCCAAAAGUCUGCUGGCUCAGACCAAAAUGCUUGCUCCAGCCUACUUCAUCCUUGGAGGAAACCAAACAGGGCAGGGCUGCAUCAUCACCAGAUCCAGACUGCUCAGCAUAGAUGUCUUGGAGAUCGACGUGAAGCUGGGCCGCUGGUACGUCCUGGAGACGAACUACGAUCACUGGAAGGAGCCCUUUUUCCUGGAUGAUCGCAGGACUCCUGGCAUGAAGUGUAUGAACCAGACCACACAGGCAAACAUUUCACUGAAUACACUGUAUGACGUUCUCUCCACCAAACCAAUGUUAAACAAGUUAACCACUUACACUACACUGAUGCAAGUCUCUGAGGGGAAAUUGGAGUCAUACAUCCGGGACUGCCCGAGCCCAUGCAUGCCC